AUGCUCCGCCUCGCCCUUCGUCUGCAAAACCCGGCCUUUCUGCGCCGUUUUAAUUUCCAUCGCGGGUUGUCCUCCAUGGCCGAGGGAGACGAGAUCCCGCACUUCAAGUUUUGGGAGGAGCCGCUGGGAUUACCUGCAGACGAAGGUUUCGGUCUCUUUCAAGGCGGUCCUGGAGAUUGUCUGGGUCCCGAAGGCCGCUUCACGCUAGCGGCGAAGAUAGGCCAUGGCAGCACCAGCAGCGUGUGGCUUGCUCGAGAUUCCAAGGCGAAUCGGCAUGUCACUGUCAAGAUUUUGAACGGCUACACGACGCAGUUGAAUCGUGAGAACAAGCUACGCGAGCUGCAGGUAUUGCAACGCCUCUCUGCCCCGGCUGUGUCGACCGCGAGGAGCUGUGCUCGCCUCCUCGAUCAUUUCUAUCUCCCCGGCAUUGAAGACGACGGGGAGCAUCUCUGUCUUGUCACUGAGUUUGGCGGCAGUCUCCACUUCGUUCGGCAACAGCUGCCCGAUGAAGGCUACAUCCCCCUUCCGAUUGCGAAACGCAUCCUGCGAGACGUCCUGUCUGCGUUGGCGCACAUCCACUCCUUGGGCAUCGCUCACACCGACAUAAAGCCAGACAAUAUAUUGGUGGACUUGGGCGGCGUAUGGACCGGCGAGGCCAUCGAAGCUUGGCUCAAAUCGAACCCGCCACGGACUUACAAGCCCAUGCAGAGUCUCAACAAGAUGGUCACCUCCUACGUCACGCAGAAGUUCCCUCCGCCACCGUUCACUCUCGUGCAGCUCGCCUCAAGCUCGUUCAAGCUCUCCGAUUUUGGUAGUGCCCAGAUCGUGGAUGCGCAGACGACGGACGAGAUUGUCCCGUUCGAUUUCCGCCCGCCCGAGAUCAUCCUGGGCGGAGAAUGGGACCAGUCUGUCGAUAUCUGGAACUUCGGCUGCGUCGCCUUCCAUCUGUUGACGCGGGGCACGAUGUUCGCUCCGCACCCCAUCGACAUCCCCGCCGGCCAGGCGUCGGCGGAAGACGUCCUGCUCUUCCAGAUGGUGUGCUACACCGGCGAGACCUUCAGCGGCGAGCUCCUAUCGCGCUGCCCUCGCACGCUCGAAUUUUUCAACCGUGACGGCUCGCCGAAGAAAUUCGAGGCUUACAUCGACAAGGGGAUGUUGCGGUGCGUCCGUGAAGGCGCAAACGGCAUGAUGUCCAGGCGGACAUGCGGGCGAUGGCUGCUUUUUUGCUGCGAUGUUUGCGCCUCGACCCGAAGGACCGUGCUACUGCUGAAGAGCUGCUCGCGGACCCGUGGCUGCACUCUUGAAUGUGUUUGA